AUGCUCAAUGGGACUGUGGAGAGAUCCGGGAAACUUUUAGCACCAGUAUUAACCCAGCUAUCCAUCAGGUACGGGAAAAAUAUCACACUUGUCGUCUUCAAUCAAACAUUUCCAUCGUUUUACAAAUAUUUCAAAGACAACUUCGUAGACUACGCAGUUACAUCAGGAGCGCCAAUACUUGCCAGUCGAUUGCUUACGCGCCGAUCUCUAACUGAUAACGUACCGCUCCUUCACGACACCCUUAAACUUAACUUCGAGACAACUGGGAUAUUGCAAGGUCACAUUGUUGCCGGUCGAGGUGUGGCUCAGCAUAAAAAUGUUAGCAUGGCGCUGAAUCCCGCGUGGCGAGAAACAUACUCGCAUAUCAUUGCGAGUACGGGCUUCGAGAACAAUAGAACCGGUAGGGUAGAACAAAUGGAAGUGGCAAGAGAUGUAUUGGAAUAUGCAUGGCGACAGUUGUCCCCCAAUAGCGGCACAUAUCUCAGCGAGACGUUUAUCAACUCCAAGUUUUGGCAGUCGACAUACUGGGGCGAGAAUUACUCCAGGCUUUUCGCCAUAAAAGCGAAACAUGAUCCCCACAACAUGUUAUACUGUGUUAACUGCGUAGGGAGUGAGCGACUUAUCGAAGUAAAUGGUACUCUAUGUAAUCUUUACUGA